AUGAUCCAGUCGCAGACGAUGCCCCCGUCGCCGUCCUCGACACCUGGACAGCUUUUUUUCCCCUCUACUCACCGCCAGCAAUCGGGUCUCCUCGCUGCCUCAAGUUCUCCCAAUCUAACCCGUCUGGAUGUUCCUCAGCAAUCCCUUGGGCCAGCCCGUUUACCUCGCUUGUCCGUCACUCCUGCAAGUACGCCAUCUCUUCACCAGGAAACACCCCAGCAGGAAUCAGAUUCUCCUCCGCAAUCGUCCGGUGCUUCUACCACCUCCUCUUCUCGUUUUCGUCUUGGUGGCAGGAAAACAUCAAUGCAUCAGGGUGACUCCCAAAAACAUCCCCAUGGUCCUUUACACGAUUUGAAGCGUUUCCUUAACCACCAUAUACCCCAUGCUAUUCCUCAUGAUCAGCCUCCUAGCCCGACCGAUUCAUCUCCCAAGCGAGAGCACGGUAGGUUUUCGCUGAAGCGCAACAAGUCACCACACCCAAAUGGUGACAUCAAGCAGUCCAAGGAUCGACCUCCUUCCCCAGCAUCAUCAAAUUCAACUGUCUCCUCCAAACCCCCCUCUUCCAAACCCCCUUCCGACAAAUCCCAUUCCGAGUCCUAUUUUGCUUCCUCAGAACUUAGCAGCUCUCACAAACACCCGGCACCCCCUCCUCCUUCACGCACUUCUGGUAAAUCAUCAUCAUCCCGACAAUCCAAACAACAUAAUCACUCCUCCAACCCUCAUCCUAUUCAUUCCUUGUCGGAAGCCACUCACGCGCAUAUUUCGAAGAAGUAUGGUAAAUGGGGUCGAGUUCUUGGUUCGGGCGCGGGCGGUACGGUCCGUUUGAUUAAAGCCUCUACUAAGAACGGUGGGACUAUCUUCGCCGUUAAGGAGUUCCGUCCAAAGAGAACUGGCGAGACCGAGAAGGAGUAUCAGAAGAAGGUUACCGCCGAGUUUUGUGUGGGCAGCACCCUGAAGCAUCCCAACAUCAUCGAAACGGUCGAUAUUGUUAGCGAAAAUGGCCAUUACUACGAGGUCAUGGAAUAUGCACCAUACGACCUCUUCUCAGUCGUCAUGUCGGGCAAGAUGUGCCGACCAGAGAUUUACUGCGUCUUUCGCCAGAUCUGUGAUGGCGUCGAAUAUCUGCAUUCAUUAGGCCUUGCUCAUCGUGAUCUCAAGCUCGACAACUGCGUGAUGAAUCACGAUAACGUUGUCAAACUGAUCGACUUUGGUACCGCUACGGUCUUCCAUUAUCCCGGGAAGACCACGCAUAUCAAGGCCAAGGGCGUUGUCGGAAGUGACCCUUAUCUUGCCCCAGAAGUACUAGACAAGGACGAGUAUGAUCCUAGAAAGGCCGACGUAUGGAGUGUCGCCAUCAUCUUCCUUUGUAUGGUCCUCCGAAGGUUUCCUUGGAAGUGCCCCGACGGCAAGAACGACCCAAGCUUCAGGGCUUUUGUCAACGCCCAUCCUGACCUCAGCGAGCCCAAGAAACACAAGGAGCCUCUAAAUCAGGCAGCAACGGGGCCUCGUCAGCCGCAACGUGGAUCUACCAUGCCUCCUCAGCCCAAAAUCGAACUCAAACCGGAUUAUGUCCCCCAGAAGGAACGUUCGUCGACCGAUUCUGAACUGGUGCCUCCUACCAAGCAGCACCGUUUGCCCAAUAAUAGUCUGACCUCUUCUUCUGGAUCACCUUCCACGAACAGUAGUAGUCUGUUGGACUCAUCGGACGGAGGUGAAAGCGGUUCCAUUACUUCGGACUUUGAAUGUGAUAAGCUAUCGCAGCUUUCUUCCUCCGAUGGGUCGUCAUCUGCUGUUCGUCAUUUCAACUUCAAUUCUCCACGAGCAGUCACGCAGAGCACUGCUACCCUUCCCAGUAAUUUGGCUGUCUUGGGUGCAGGCCUACGAUCAGGUAGUGACACACUUGCAUCCAGCAAGGUACGGCGUACCGAAAGCCCGGUGGAUUUCGACCCCUCAGUUGUAGAGUUUGCCAGGCCAGGUAACUCGACUGAGAGUCUCCCAACAAGUCCCUCGUCUGUAUUUGCAGCCAAAUCAACGGGGGAAGACGACAUAGCUACACCACGUGCCGCUAAUGGGGGGUUCGGGAUCGCUGAAGUGCUUUCGGGACAGAGCUCUAGAAGAGGAAGGGCAACCACCAUUGCUGGACCUAUGGCCAGUAUCACUGUGGAGAAGAUGGUUGACGGUCCUUUCGAGGACAAUGUUGGGGAAAAGCAGAGUACGACGUCUGAAGUUCAGUCGCCACGACCACAGCACACAGAGAAGCCACAGUCGCCGACAAAAUCCUCUGGAUCUAUAUCUAGUGACCCGCCCUCUUCACUAUCGCAGAAGACACCUACGAAUUCAGAAACCAAUACUACGGCAAGGAGACGUCAACGCACCGAUAGUGUCGCUACGUUCCAUGCCGGUGGUGCUGAGUCAAUAUUUCGGCUUUUGCCUAGGGAAACACGACCUGCGCUUCGGCGGAUGCUUCAUGUCGAACCCGGCGCCAGGUGCACCUUGACUGAUCUUCUUCAGGGAAAGGGAAAGGGCAGUAGUUUACUCUGUGGUUGUCGCCUCGGCGGCGAUUCACCAACUGGCGCACCCUCUAGUCCUUCGUCGACGACAUCGUUGGCUUAUUGCGUCGACCACGACCCAUCGGACGAGGAGGAUGAUGGUGAUUCGUGGAUUAAGUGCAUACAGCCCUGCUCUGCGCCAGGAGUUAAACCUGGACACGUACAUAUACAGGUUGCCGUUGACGAGAAGCAGGGCAAGAGAAGGUUUUUUUAA